AUGCAUUUCUCUCGAUCGGAAUCGGUCUUUCUACUAGGGCUUCUCUUCUCGCCCCUGGCAGCAGCGGCAACGAUCGACUGCGGACACAUCCGCGUGGACGAUGUCUCCUUCAACCUCAAGCCUCUAGGCGGACCGCACAGCGUCCUGACCAGUCGCUGGCAUCCUCCUACAUUCUCCAACACAUCUUAUACUGUCGACAUUUGUCAGCCACUUAAACGCAAGGGUGAUGUCAAAAAGGACGAACAAUGCCCUAACGGCACAAGAGUUUGUGCCAUUGAGCGCACUAUCCGUCCGGGGACUGAUAAGGACGACGUGGAGAAGGUGAUAUCCAUCGCUGGCGAUCUGGAAAACCUUGGUGGAAAGCCUCUUGACGCCAAGGUCGAACGUCUCAAGUCAAGCGACUCCAACUCGGACGCGAAAAAGGAGGGCGUUCGCCUUAUCUUUAAUGGCGGCGCAUACCCUUUGAGUGGCAGCGGCAGAAAACAGAAAGCCAUCAUUGAGUUCAUCUGUGACCGCGAGAAGACGGGGCUUGAAGGAGAGGUCACGUCCGAAGACAAGUACGACGGGUCUCAGACACUCCGCGCACGCGAUGAAAAGGAUGAUAAGGACAAGGACAAUAAAGACAAGGAGGGCGACGAACCAUCACCCGAUGAGAAGCAGAUUGUGAAGCCGGAUACCGCCCUGAUUUGGAACAGCUAUGGCCCUGCUGAGAAGGGAGACAUCGACGUCUUGAGGUUGACAUGGCACACCAAGCACGCCUGUGAGGAUGCUUUUGGCAAGCCCAGUGAACCCGGCAAUGGUGAUACGAGCAGCCAUUGGGGCUUCUUUACCUGGUUUAUCGUUUUGGCUUUUCUCGGUAUCGCGGCCUACCUGAUCUUUGGCUCCUGGCUGAACUACAACCGAUACGGCGCUAGGGGCUGGGACCUUCUGCCUCACGGGGAUACCAUUAGAGACAUUCCCUAUCUGGUCAAGGAUUGGACCCGCAGCGUGCUCAACACGGUGAAUGGCAGUGGUAGCCGUGGCGGUUACAGUGCCGUCUAA